AUGGGAUCCGACGCAGCGGUGAAAGCCUUCGUUUCCUUCGUGAUCAACGACGCUGAGGGUGUUGCAGCGCAGGCGCCCACAGAGGAUGACCUGGCCUUUCAGCGGCGGGUGCUCCCAGUUUGCACGCUGGGUCAAGGCUUUUUGGCUUGA